AUGCCGCCGCGGAAGCAGCACAGACGCGUUAGCGCAUUCCCCGCGAUAGAAGAAUAUGGAGAAAGUACGCCGACUUCGUCAGUUCCAAGUCCACCCAAUGGUCCCACCGAAGUAAUUCGAGGAAAGAUACCAGAAGAUCAAGUUCCUAGCUGGCUUGAACAAAAUGAUGCUUUUGCUCAUACAAAUAAUGAGACAUCAAAAAUGGGUGCUCUAAGACUGCUAUUUACAAAUAGAGCUUUGAAUUCCGAUAAAAAAGCUGUUGGGAUGACUUUCGGUGAUAAUACUCUUCAAGUGAUUAUGAAUCGCCUUCAACUUCCAGCGGCGUUUUCUCAGAUGUUGGCGCCGGAUCAAAUUGAACCUCCACGAUUCUCUCACAACACUUUAUUUGAUACCCAUGGAAAUCAUUUGGGCUUGGCAUUCGCAAUUCACUUCCAUCGUUGGCGUCUUGAAUCCAUCACUCUUGGUCUAUCUUACAACCAGAAUACCAAAGUAACCACUGCACUUCUCCUAGAGAACUCCAAAGAUCCAACCCAUGAGUCGUUUAUCCACUACAUCCUAUUACAAUCCACAUACCUUACCCAUCCGCUCUUCCUUCCUCUAAUUCUCGCUGAGCUAAUGCUCGACACUCACCGCACGCAAUUAGAUCGAACCACAUCCUGCCUCCGAAACCUGGAAUCCGCAAUCGGAAUCCACGAUCAUGAUUACCAUUCCGCCUCAUCUCCUUCAUACCGCACACCCGAUAGAUCGCCCCUCCCAGACUUCCCCUUCAUCUCUCGCUCGCUAAAUGGAGAAUCCAUUCGUCUAGCCCUCUACGAAGUAAAAAUGGAACAAGCCAACAUCGCCCUCCGAGAAAAAUGCGAAUUCCUUCUCGGCUGGAACGUCGAAUUAUCCUCUCGCAUCACUGGACAGAGACGAAUCGUGAAAAUCCAAAUAGGUAGCGUGCAAAAUUUGCUUAUGCAACGGGAAUCGAAAAUUACUACUUCGAUGAUGGAGGCUCGGAAAGGUGAUGCAAAUGCGAUUAAGACGGUUGCGUUUCUAUUAAUGGCGUUUUUACCGGGUGCGUAUGUUGCGGUAUUGUUUAGUGGAUCGAUGUUUGAUUGGCAGGCGGAACGUAUGGGUGGUGUUUUGAGUGAGUGGUUUUGGUUGUAUUGGGCGGUUGCGGGGCCGCUUACGGCGGGGGUAUUGGGGACUUGGAUUUGGUGGUGUAAGCCUUGGCUGUGA